AUGGCUGCCGAUCAGGUUGAAGGAGGAUCGGCACCUCCUGCCACGGAGGUGGAACGAGUUUUCGCCGAAUGGGAAGACUGCUUCCAACGACACAAGCAGGAGCUACAGGCGCUGAGAUCACCACAACAAGAAUACAAGGCGAAGGUCGACGCUAUCGACGCCCGGAUAUCGCAAUGGUGGGCUGCGUAUGACGAGAUGACAGCCGCUGAGAAGCAACAGGAGCGGGAUAGCCUGGGGCUGUUGUUCACGGAAAAGUCGAGCCUUGCUGGUCAACAUCAGUCGACACUAGAAGCUCAACAAGCGGCCUAUGAGAGACGACAACGAGAAGUUUUUCAGCGCCUACACGCGGCUAUGGGCCGUCUAGUGAAGGCUCACUCUCCUGAUGAUGGGAGAAAGCGGAAUGACGCAACGUCUCUUGAUAGAUCCAAGGACGGCGACAGUCAAAUUGGAGACCGCACCAGGGAGUCUGAGUCAGAAGCCGAAACUGUAGAGAGCAGCGGAGAUUCUGAAGAGGAGGGACAUGCAGUUACACCGAAAGGUAACACGGAAAAGGCUAUGAAGCGCCCUCGCCCUGAUGCUGAACUUUCGCCACGUGAAACAGAAGAGCAGAAUGAGGGAGGACGCAAACGACGCCCGAACAGGAGUUCUCGAUUUUCUACCGGUGGUCGUUUCGGCACGCGCACCGCCGAACGUCCAGGGAUUAAAAUGAGAGGACAACGGGGGCGGCCCCGAGGACGACCUCGAGGGCGUGGCCGAGGUCGUGGCCGAAGUGAAACCAUGUCGGGGAGAACUCGAUCAGGAGGCCGAGGAGACGAACCCACAGACGAUACAGUACAAGAAACCCUAGGGCCUGGUUGGAGGCAGGUUGGCUCUGUGUUCCGGCAUGGACCGGAGCCCGCUGGUCGUCGCGCGCCUCGAAAAGAGCGAGAUGGUUCAGAGGAAGACAACACAUAUGUACGUCGUGCGCCUGGGGAGGUGUGCCUGGCAUACUUUGGGGACAAUGCUGUUAAGACCCCUAUUCUCAUUCUGCCUCUAAACGACAUGGAGUCUAUCGGAAUCAGUGAGAGCCUCGCCACCCUGAAUCUGGACGAAGAUAUGCCCAAGUGCUGUAUAUUCAGCUCUCGCGCUCAGAAGUAUCAGUGGGCACGAGGGUAUGAGGAUGACGGGAGGCUCGAAUCGAAUCGGGAAUAUCCAGUCCUAUGUUUGGUUAGCUCCCAACUGACAAAAUGCCCAGCUUCGUGGGUUGCUGGUGGUGACAUGAUCAGUAUUGAUGAUGAGGUGGGAUGGAAGCUAAAUCAUCACUACCAUGAAGCGUGCGACGUACUCCGCAAAAUCAAACCAAGGCGAUCGGAAUCACCAGCUAGGAAUACAGAGAACAUCCAAAAUGAUCAAAACUCAACUGCUGUUUUGGAGGUGGACAAUAGUUUACGCACAAGCCUCGAUGGGACGAGUAACUCAAAUCCUGAGCCUGAAACGUCAACUCAACCAGAGAUAUUCCCUAACCCAAAUGGCGGAUCGUUUUCUGAAGAAACAACAUCUGAAAAUGCAGUUCAUCAAAAUGAUGAGAUUGAGGGUGGCUCAGCAACACGUGAUGCUGAGAACGGCAUGGCACCCAAGAACACAUCAUCAUCCUUCUCGGCCGAGCCAGGUCAGGCACCCCAUGAGAGUAGGGGUGUUGAAAAAUCCUACUUGGAGAACCUCGCCCAUACUAGCCUUGACUAUACUUGUAACGAGGCCAAUCCAGAGAACGCCCCAACGAGCAACAAGGAGAGCAUCGCCCUUCAGCAUCAUGUACUCCGAUCGCUGGAGCCCAAACUCCGAGAGGAAUGGCCAUAUGCCAACCUCACCCUACGUCAAAUCUCCAAUCGGAGAUUCAAGACAGUGGUAUAUCUACGAGUUCCGAAACUUCGCACAACGUGA